AUGGUAACCGGACCUAUCGUUUCCGAAGAAGACGGUUCGGAAAGAAACAUGGCGUCCACGGAACCUCAUCGCAGGAGUUCUACGGGGAGCGAAGGUCGUGAUAAAACCAACGACCGUCUCAGAAAGGAGCAUUUUUUGCUUCCUAAUUCUGAUCAGAUAGAUUUGAAUCUCCUUCUUCAAGCCGUUCUCGAUAUUAACGAGAAACUGAAUGAAAAACCAGAGAGAUCAAAAACAGAGGAAACCUGUGGAAGUCCGACUGAUCGGCAAAUUACUCAAAAGGACAGAGACUUCGACGAUACUGCUUCAAGACAUUCCUCGGUGUCUUCGGCGUCUAGAUCGAGACCAAGAAGUGCUGUACAUCUCAACGAGUCUCGCCGCCCUCGGCCUCUAGAUCGUAAAAACAUGUCUUUCAGCGAUGCCACAGUAGAUGCUAUUGAUCGAGAAAAUAAGAGACUUUUAAAAGAAAUAACAAGAAACAGAGGAAGACCGAAGUCUACCCAACCAAGGAAACUUGUUUCAGAACCCUUACGGGUACAAACUUCGUCUGAGGUCAACAGAUACAGGUUUCAACGAAAAGUAGAUAUGGAAAAUCAGGUUAGUAUAACGAGAAGUGUUGUAGGGGCUCUUUGAUAUUAUGAGUCUUGAAAAAAUCCUUCAAGUAAGAAAAAAAGCAAAACGAAAUUCUGACUAGACUAAAAAUCUACACAGUAAGUUUAUUGUUUGUGCUUCGUUGUUACUCGAUAACACUCCUCUUACUUUUAGGCAAAUAGUUAUCUUAUAAUAUUUGACAACGUUAAUAUUUGAAAACUAUGCUUUGCGUGAUUAAUUAAUUAUGCAAUGCUGACGCAUUUUUUACCGCUCGCAAUGUACAGGAAGAUACGCCGAGGUAUUUCACUCUACUUGACUAAAUUAAAACCUGUAGAAUGUUAAAUAGGCGCGCUAUUUCCCUACCUUUCUCUGUUUUUAUGAUAACCAUAAUUUUGAGAGGUCAGAAUUUUUUAAUGCAUAACAAGCAACAUCAAAUGAUUCACUGAAAGCGUAAACAUAAAAAAACAAAAGAUGGGUUGCCUUGGUUGAUUUGCUUGCUUUUCAUUUCAAUGGACAUCAACGAAAUAUUGCUCUUUACUGGCUUAUGUUCCAUUAUGAGGGCAUAUAUGCCCAAUUUUCUGUAAUAAUCAAGAUUCUCCCAAAUACUGAAUAAAUAUCUCAGUCAGCCAACAUACAGUUUAUAAUAUAUCCAGGAGAAGACUCUGUAAAAGGGGAAAUUCCAGAUAAUUCUUGGCCUCUGCAUGAUAAUUGAAUGAUAGUUUAAUAUAUUGACAUUUUUCUUUAGAUUGUGGAUUGUCAUUAUGAUAAUCCUUUGAAUUGAUUGCCCCCCCCCCUUGAAUGACCACCUCUCUAAUUGGCCUAAACAUAAAAAAUAAGUACCCUUCUUGCUUAAUAAAUCAUGAAUGAAAAUUAAUUCUUAUUGUGUGCCCCCACCUAACCCACCUAAAUAUACAAACUCUGUUGAAAUAAGCACACAUGUACAAGGUUUACAUGACUUUCCACUUGAGAGGAGAGACUGGAACAUAGCUGUCCUCUGACAAUUUUUUAGGGAGGGGAAGGUGCUUCCAAUUCAAAUAUCUUAAAAUGUUUCAUAUUUUGGGAGGUUGGUGCUCCUCUGAUUGGGAGUUAAUCCUUAAUAUGAAGACCUCACAGGAAUAUGUAGCAUCAGAGGAUGUGAAUUUCUCUUCUUUUUUUUUUUUUUUUUUUAUCUCCUUUGGUCUUAUAUCAAUUAUGAAUUUCAACAUUUUCCUCAGAAGUGUGCUAUCCAUAACAUUUUUACUUGUCACAAAGCCAGUAAAAUUCAUCCACACUUGACUUUGUUUAACUCAUAACCUAUCAAUGUUGAUUUGAAAAUAUUAGUAAUCUUUGCAACUGAAACUGCUUCUUUUUUACCCUUUAAAUGUCAAGAUCUGACUGUAAAUUCUCCCUUUUAGAAGCUACACAUUUGCUGGUAAACUAAUUAUGAGAAUUUUAUGAAUAUUUUUUUCAGAAAUUACUUGAAAGGCUUCAAACAGUCAAACCAACAAGAACAUUAUCACGGGACUCAUUACUCAAAGAACAUAUUAAACAGAAACAAUAUUCAAAAACAGCCUCAAGAAGCCGACCAAGCAGUGCAAAAAGCAGCACAGGAAGUGUCUCCCACUUAUCACGUUCUUCCAGUGAGUCCAGUUUCAUGAUUGGUGAUUCUGCAAGUGUAGCAAGUUCAAGGAUUUCCAGUGGCUCAAGUCGAUCUGCACAGAGGAAAGCCAUGUCUAAACCUGUGUGGGAAUCUGGAUGGUGAUCUUCAAUAUUUACCUGUGUGGCACAUAAACUGAUUCAUGUGAUCUGUUGUGAACUCUUGUUAAAAAUUUUUAUGGUAUCUUGGAUUUCAGAUCUAAAUAUGUGCAAGAAAAGAAAUAUGGACCACAUGUUUAUCCAUUUUAAGAGCUAAUGAGAGAUUAUUAUUAUUUAAGAAAAGAAAAAGAAAAGUCUUGCUCAGAGCAGUUAAAGGUUAAUUUCUUUUCUCUUAAAGACCAGAAUUUGUCAUGUGACCAUAAAAUCAAUGACAAGGCAUUACUUAGGGAGCAGUUUUCUAUUUAUAUCAUAAUUUACACACAAUUAGGGAAUGGUAAAAAAAUUUGGACUGCUUUAAUUAAAUUGACAUGCAUGUGUUAUCAUGUAAAGGAAUAAUUUGAACUUGGAAUCUAAAUUAUAAACACCACAAAAAUUCACCUUGCUUUGUUUGACAUAUUUUUUGUGAAUAAAAAGGGGUAACUUUCUUAAAAAACUGUGGUGCUGUGUCUGUGGGAGAGUUUAACAGGGUAAUUUAGUAUUAUCAAUUGAGAUGAUAAUGUAAAUUGGCCACUGUAAAGAGUUUAGAGG